GUCAUUAUGUGGAGUAUUAUUUACCUAGUCAUUUUUAUCCAAUCAUUAAUUUAGAGAGACAUGUAAUUCAUGGUUGACUCAAUUGUUUUUCAUUUUUGAAGGACCAAAAUACCAAGUCAGAAUUCAUCAUAACAUGUAAUUUUAUACUAUUAACCGAAUAUUGUUCAUGUUCUAAGAACUCCAACAGUCCAACCUAGUAGACACACCGCGAAGGACAUGCUGCUGUCGUGCCGGAGUGCCUCGCCGCCGCCCCAGAAACUCUGACCGCCACUGACUGCCGCUGCCCGUAAAACUGAACGUCGAUGCCGCUGCUCUGAAGAAGUUCGUCCCAUCUCCGGAGGAACAGAUUCGCCGGCCUAUUGAACCGCCGGAGGCCCGGAACAGCACACCCACUGCGCCUUUACGUUACUUCCCGUCAUGGGAUACAACCUUUGGCGUCGUUGUCUUCUCUCAUAGACCCCGGAACGCGGCCGGAGAAAGUGGCAGCUCCUCCUUCGUACUGCAAGCGGCUGACGAGGUCGAGAGUUUGGCGCAACACCGCAUCAGCCGUCACUGCCGACUGCUGUAUCCCUUCUUUCCUGGUUCGCGCCGCCGCCUAUCUGGGCGGUCUUCACCGCUCUGUCCUCGUAUUUUGUUGCUGCUGCGUGUGGAGCUUCUCCUGAGCCGUCCAUUCCUCCAGAGAAAGCUUUCCGUAUCUUAUGGAUGUACUGGACUCCAUAGACUUAAGUGAACUUUCGGAACCGGUUAUUGGAACGGCUUUAGAAAAUGUACCUUGGAUAUAUGAUAAUCCUGACAUUGAGGUAGCUAGUCCAGAAUCUCCAAUAGUUGACUUGGUGAGACUGAAGAAAUGUCGUCCUCGUGGGCUAUACGUUCCUUUAGAUGCGACUCACAUUGAAUCAUGCAAAUCACGACUUUCAUUUUCUGAGUUUGAAAGUUAUCGGGGACUUUUCCCGUCCGAUGUUACCAUGGUUAUCCCGAACCGAGAUGACAUAGUCACUGAGCCCCCUGAGGGUGAUUUUUUCGGGAUACAUACCCUCUCCGUGAGACUAGGAUUUAGUCUCCCCAUGCAUCCUUUCAUCACUGAGUUUCUAUGUGAGCUUGAGAUUCCUCCGUGCCAGCUCACCCCAUUUGGUCAUCAGUACCUGGUGGCAUUUUUGGCCCGGUGUAAGGAGAUCAAGGUUAAGCCGUCUCUAGAUCUUUUUAAGCACCUGUUUAGGGUUGGUCAAUGCUCCCGAGCUAAUAGUCUGUCAUGGGUAUCUAUUUCCCAAUGUGCCCACCUUGACGCGUGGAAAGUUUCGCACAGUAGAAUCAGUAAUUGGAAGGAAGAAUUCAUCUCUGAGUCUACCGGACAUGCUCUCCCCUUCCCCACAAUUUUCAGCCCUCAUUAUAAGAAGUUUGCGUGUCUCACUCUUCCCGCCGAUCAAGAGUUAUGGCCGGAAAAGUUCUAAGCGGGCGGGCCGUUUAACAUUUCUACAUAUACUACCGAGGACCAUUUGAGCGGACUUGAUUUCCUCACCUCGGGCUUGUGCUCACCUUUGGAUGUCCUCGUCCCCCUUUCUUUAGACUCAGGUAUGACGUCCCGUGCGGAGAGAUUCAAGAAGAUGAAUGGCGAAGGGUCACAUGCGUCUACCCAAGACCCGCCGAGCAAGAAGCAAAAGGUUGUACCCUCCUUGCAGGGUGAAGGUGCCUCGUCCCCUUCUGUGCCCAUAACUAAUGGCCCGGUUACCAAAGAGACGCGGCGCAUCACCUGGAGUACUAGUGGUGCUCGUGAUGUCACGCUCAAGGAAGGACUGAAGAGUGUGGCUGAUGGACCGUUGGAAGAUGAUUGUCUUCAUGCCGCAGCAGAGCUUGUGUUGAAGAUCUCCGGGAAGAAUCGUCAGCAUGUUGUGCGCGAGCAAGAGCUAUUAAAGCUGCUUUCUGAAGAGCGGGCUGCCCAUAAGAGAUUGAUGAGCGAAGUGAUUGAAGCUCACAAGGUCAGGGAGGCACAGGAAAGGGACGCUCACGCUGCCGAGUUAACCAAGGUCCGCGCUGAGCGGGAACACUACAUUGAUUCCCACCUAGAAGAGAUCGCUGAACGUUGGCUGAAAACUCCCGCCGACGUCGAUAGACUUGACAAAGACGGUUUACUGUGCUACAAUUUGGGGGAAUAUACCAAACAACAGGAAAUUUAUGUUGUUUUGAAGGCCAAGCACGGUGCCUCAUGCAUUGCCGAUUGGGGGCUUCCCUUUGAGAUUCCUAAUCCAGAGCCUGAGAAUGUCGACUCUUUUUCCAGAGUCGUUCCAUUGGGCGAGCUCCCUAGGGGUGCAGAUCCUGAUCACCCCAUAACUUCCGAAGAAGUAGCAAUGCUGGGGCUUUAGGUCGAGCGAUCCCCUCUUUGACCAUCUCCAUGCCUUGGAGAGUGUUAGAGUUAGACUACCAUAACGUGAUCUGCAUGUUUUUCUUUUUCUUUAGUACCUAAUUUGUUAGAUCGUUUUUUGAAUUUCAAGCAAACAAUUAUCUUGACAAUGUAAUAUUUCCUUUUAAUAUCGUUUUUUUAAUAUAGUUACCUAUACGGG